AAUAAGUGUAGGUCGGUAUAGCGGCGAAAGCGAGUACAUAGAAGCUAUACCAUCUUGUCAUAUCAUAUAAUUUUGUUCUUAAAAAAAAAAAAAAGCUCCGACUCUGUGACUGUGAAUAAAAUCCCCGAUAAAAUUUCGGCUGGAGCACAAAUUGAUAAUCUUCCAGUCAUAAUUAAACGUCCACUAUCUGCUAUAAAUAAAAAUGGACUGAUGGUUAUUUUCCAAUAUCUUGCGCUCAUCAAGUACGGUCGACAAUUACUCGGGCGGUUAUUAUUUUACUUUGGUAUAUGCAGUACAGAUAUUGGCAUUUGAACCUCAUCGAUGGCCAUAUUAAAUUAUUUAAUAUCCAAAUAUACCCGUGAUAUCAAGUUAUAAUUUUAUUUACUCAAAAUAAAAAGUUGAAUUCUAAAAAAAUGUCAGUCCGACGACGAACAGAUCCUGCACCAACCCAGAGAAUAUGGGACGCAAUAAAGCUAACUGUUCACCAAAGAAGUUUACCAAGCAACGAACGAAUAGUUCGGCAUUUUGCUCGCGUUUAUAAUAUGACUGAGCUGGCAGCUCAGGAGGAAUUGAACAAGGCUGUUGAGGAUGGUUUGGUUUUCCUGAAAAAGUCACAAUCCAAAGGAGGGCUUGACCAAGAGAGCUACCGACUGCCGUUGGACCCGAGGGAGGAUGACGGUAACGAUUGGUACUGCUUUAAGUGCCAAAAAGCUGGACUUGUUCAGACUUGUCAGACAUGCUUCCGGGUUUAUCAUCCCAGAUGCCACACUCCAAAUAAUUCUGACCAAAAAAUUUGCCAGUUUUGUGAGCAAAUCAGUGCUGAUACUUAUCAUGAUGUAAAUGCACUCAAUCAUAUCCUAGGAUUUACGUGUGGUCAUCUUAAAGCAAAACUACCGCCUGAGAUAACAAACAGAACCAUUGUGCCAGACAGCUCGGUUGUUGAAAAACCAGCUGGUGGUUUAUGCGGACCAACUUGGAUCAGUGAAGGCGAGGAUUCCUGGCGUCCGGGAAUUUUGAUUAAAAAUCACAUGGACCUUGCUAUCAUGGAAGCCAAAACCAAGAGAAAUGAGUACAAAAGUCUCGCUGAAUUUCAGACAGAUGCACAUAAUAUAUUACAUAAUAUUAUUGUAUACCAUGGAGAAGCUUCGGUGAUCGGAGAAAUGGGUAAAAUAAUGUACCAAGAUUGUUGCUACGACUUGAAGGAAAUCCGCCGGUGCGCUGACUGCUACAGAAUAUCCAAUGAAAAAUCUGAAAAAAUGUGGUUCUGUAUACCUUGCAAUCCCCCUCAUCAGCUUGUUUAUGCCAAACAAAAAGGCUACCCGUACUGGCCGGCUAAAGUAAUGGAGAUUAAGGGAAAUAUUUAUGACGUCAGAUUUUUUGGUGGUCAUCACAUGAGGGCUAAUAUUGAAAAAAUUUUUAUACGCUCUAUUACUUCUAGUUUACAAAGUUUACAGCAUUCGGAUAAGGGAAAGUGGAAAGACAUUAAGAUAAAAAGAUCAACCGCAUGGAACCGGGCUUUUGAGGAACUGAAGCACCACCAGAGCUUGCUGACGAAGCUCCCCAAGAGUUCUUCAUCGGUAGCUCACAAUAACAACAGCACCAAUGCCGCGGGAACAACUGACGACGUGGAGGGUCCGAAGCCGUCAAAGAUGCGGCGUCACCAGGAGUCAUCGGAGUCAUCGCAAGGAUCACAGGUAGCGUCGCCGAACGGCGUGUCUCCCGUCAAACUUACAAAAGACUUGAGAGUGAGAGUAGAGAGGUUGAUGUCGGAUGGAAAUUCCGAGAUACAGCUUAAUCAGGAAAAGUCGGAGAGUGCCAACGGGGAUGGAGAUGGAGUCGGAGUCGGAGAUGGAGAUGGAGGACCAGACGAGAAGCCGGAGGUCAACGACGGCAGCAGGAGCACCAGCGAGGAGCGACAAGUACCAUUCCUUCCAGUCGCUAUCGAUGAGGAGCCACCGCUGAGGAUAAGCAGCAGUACCUGUCCGGAGGGGCUCAAGAAAGAGGGCUCGCAGGAGGACAUGGUCACGUCGAGUUCCCAAGAACCCAGGUCCAAGUGCGUACUUGUUCAAACUGAGGAAGUUCAGCCCGAGACUGCACCAGCAAAGUAUGUAAUAUGCUUCCAGAUGAAGAGAGAACGGAGGACUUCAGAACAAACUACGACUGCUCCAGCUUUGGAGAAACUACGCAGGGAAUUUGAACUGGACAAAUGUCGGGAGUUGGAGAGACUCCAGGCGGAACAUGCCAAAGAAUUACGACAGCUUACGGAAAAACAUCAACAAGUUAUCUCUGAAAUUAAAAAAAAGCAAUGGUGUUACAAUUGCGAAGCUGAAGCUAUUUACCAUUGCUGUUGGAAUACAGCUUAUUGCAGUACUGAUUGCCAGCAAGUUCAUUGGCAACGAGAGCACAAACGUGUCUGUCGGCGUAAACGUUAGCUAAGCUAUUGUCAAGCUAAUACGACUAAUAUAAAAAAACUGGGCCGUCAGUUUUUUUAGUCAUAAUAUAUCCAGUACUAGAUAUAAAUUAUUAUUUUAAGAAAAAAUUUAUCAAAAAAGAUUUACCGUAGGCAAUUCAGCUAGUCUGAUCAAAUUCAUUUUUUAUUAUUGUUUUAUUUUUUUUUUGUUCAGAGUUUCGAUUAAUAUUA